AUGAAAAUGAUGGAAGCACCAUCUUUUUUGUUGACAAUGUUAACAAUUGUCGUAUCUAUUACAACAACAACAACAUCACAAUCACCCAUUCAAAAUUUUCUUAACUGUUUUUCUCAUAAUUCUCAAGCUUCAAACUUUGUUGCCUCUGAAGUCAUUUACACACCAAACAAUACCUCAUUCUCAGCCAUACUAAAUGUAAGAAUACUAAACAAGAUAUUUAAAGCAACAACAACCCCAAAGCCUUUGGCAAUUAUAACUGCAAAAGAUGUUUCUCAUGUCCAAGCAACAAUUAAAUGUGCCAAAAGUAACAACAUUCAGAUAAGAAUUCGAAGUGGAGGGCAUGACUAUGAAGGUUUAUCAUAUUUAUCAGAUGUGCCUUUUAUUGUACUUGACAUGUUUCACCUCAAUUCAGUUGAUGUCAAUUUACAAGAAUCAACAACAUGGGUUGAAUCAGGUGCAACACUUGGUAAGAUUUAUUAUACAAUUGGAAAUAAAAACAAUUCUUUUGCUUUUCCAUCCGGGGUCUGUUUUACUGUAGGUGCUGGUGGUCAUUUUUCUGGUGGUGGUUAUGGAAAUUUGAUGAGAAAAUUUGGUCUUUCUAUUGAUAAUAUCAUUGACGCAAAAAUUGUUGAUGUCAAUGGUAAUAUUCUUGAUAGAAAGUCAAUGGGAGAAGAUCUCUUUUGGGCUAUCAGAGGUGGUGGUGGUGCUAGUUUUGGUGUUAUUCUUUCAUGGAAACUUAAAUUGGUUCAAGUUACACCACAUGUUACUGUGUUCAAUGUGAAAAGGAAUGCAGAUGAAGGUGCAACCGAUGUUAUUUACAAAUGGCAAUUAGUUGCACCAAAAUUGCAUAAAGAUCUUUUCAUUAGAGUGAAACCUAUUGUAGUUAAAAUUGGUCAAGGGGGAAAAAAGGUAGUACAAGUUAGUUUUAUUGGCCAAUUUUUAGGGACAAUUGAAAGACUUUUACCUUUGAUGAACGAGAGUUUCCCUGAAUUAGGUUUGAAAAAAAGUGAUUGUAUGUCAAUGCCUUGGGUUAAUUCAACUCUCUUUUGGUGGAAUAAGCCAAUUGGUACUCCUCUAGAAACAUUGUUGGAUGAACCAAAAGAGUCUGAAGCAAUUAAUUUCAAAGCUCAAUCAGACUAUGUGAAAAAACCUAUUUCAAAGAAAAAUAUAGAAUCCAUAUGGAAAAUGAUGAUUGAUGGUGAGACGUUGCAUAUGGAAUGGAAUCCUUAUGGUGGAAGGAUGGAAGAGAUAUUGUCAUCAGAAACACCGUUUCCCCAUAGAGCAGGGAAUUUGUUCUUGAUUGAGUACUAUAAUACUUGGAUUGAAGAAUCUCCUGAAGUUAUUAAACGUAACGUGAAUUUUUCAAGGUCGUUUUAUAAAUUCAUGACACCAUAUGUUUCAAAUUCUCCAAGGGAGACCUUUCUCAACUAUAGAGAUGGUGAUAUUGGUGCCAAUCAUCCAAGUAACGUAACAAACAUUAGCAUUUCUAGAAUUUACGGAAGCAAAUAUUUUAAAGGAAAUUUUGAAAGAUUAAUGAGUGUUAAAACCAAGGUUGAUCCUGAUAAUUUUUUCAGAUAUGAACAGAGCAUACCUACUCGGUCAUCUAAAAGUCAUAUGUAA